CAUAAGAAAACGAAGACUCCUACAAUAUCUAAACAAAAUGGAAUUUCUCAAAUCCUUUACAACUAUUCUCUUUGUAAUGUUUCUGGCCAUGAGCGCUCUGGAGACCGUACCUAUGGUUCGAGCUCAACAAUGCCUAGACAAUUUGAGCAAUAUGCAGGUGUGUGCGCCGCUGGUUCUGCCUGGUGCAGUCAAUCCAGCCCCGAAUUCAAAUUGCUGCAUUGCUCUCCAAGCAACAAACAAAGAUUGUAUAUGUAACGCCCUUCGAGCAGCCACCACAUUUACCACUACUUGCAACCUCCCCUCUUUAGAUUGUGGUAUAACCAUAUGAGUGGUUUCAGCAACGGUCAGUUCCGAGGAUUUGGGGAGUUUGGUCUGCAAAAGACAACAAGAAUAAAAGUAUUAAAAUAACGAGAAAGUGUGUGUGUUUUUUUUUUAAUUUGGUCUGUUGUUCGGUUGGUUCAAUACUUAAAUAUGACCCAUCAAUUAAUAUCGUUUUCAUAUUUAUUAUGGUAAUAUUUUUAAAUAAUUGCA